UUCCGCGGAAAGGUCAUAGCCGGCUGCUUCUCCGAUGCGUAAUCGGUCUACAAUUAGCGGAAGGUUUACCCCCAAAAAUGUGUUAUCAAAACGAAACAACUUACCCACGUGUUGCGGAUGCCGCGCGCCAAUAAAUACGGGUAGGUCACCUGCAUCUCAAUCAGAAUAAACUUCGACUCGACUAGUUGGCUCUAGCAAGACUUCAAAGAUUCAAGCAAAGCAAGAUUUAUAUUAUGGAGCUGCACGCUGCACUGAUGCUAUCCGUCCUUCUCCUGAGCGUUGCCUGCAUGGGUGCCGGCGCGUCGCCGGUCCCCGCCAGUUUUCUGUCCAGGUUACGGAGGUCGGCGGGCGCGACGGCGGGCCUGCCCACCGAUCCCACGGUAGCCGCGACCGGAACGGCGGAGAGUGCGUCGACGACGCCGUACACUUCGCCGCGUCCCAGUCGACUUGCCCGCCAAGCAUUUCAAUCCGACGUCCUGGCGGUGCAUUUUGCUCACCUUCACAGCGAAGCUGCAGAAGUCUUGAGAGAGCACGGGGAACUGUAUUCACAUUACAAGAGGGAGCGCUUUGCCGAUGACCCCGACCCACUCGUUCAUGAGUUGGUCUUGACCUACCUGCCGAAUGCCAAUAACCUGCCGCACGAGAUCAUCAGGUCGACCCUGUCGGAUUCGGAGCUGGUGCUUCUGCACUACAACGCCCUCAUCCUCUUCAGGGACACCCUGCACAGAGUGUCGCAGAGCGAGACGCACGAUAUUGAGAUACGAGUGGACGUGGUCAUCGAAAAGUUACGUCUGGUCAUCGACCGACUGGAAACCACGAUGAUUCAGCUAGGACAAGAGGCCAGCAUCAUCCGGGUCCCAUCGUCCAUCCCCGCGUUUCACGCGAACGUCACCGCCGCCGAGCAGAACACGCGCACUCUGCUGGUCCUGCAGGAGUUUCACGCCUACUUGCCGCACGUGCGUCAGGACUACAGGGUACUCAGCAACCGGUACUGAUGGACGGCCGCACUGUUCAGGUUAACACACAGGGCUCUGUCGUUUCAAAGGACAAAAACUGCAAUGUGUUUACUAUCAAAGGCAAUUUAUAGUGAUCUAUUUUUAUACCUAUUUAUAUGAAUGUCUUUUCCGAAUGUACAUAUUCAGUUCUUGUGUGGAAAAAAAAAUUAACUUAUUCUUUUGGAAAUAAUUUAUUUAACUUAUUGACUUUAGUAGGGUGUUUUCAUACUAUUUAAUGACUAUUUAUUUAAAAGAAAGGGAAAUACUUCUGCAAAUAUUCUUGUGAACAAUUAAGUCAUCGUUAAGAGACCAAAGUAUUCGAAUGAAAUAUUUGUAAGUUCAUAUUCCAAUUCGUUUCAAAGAUGGUGCUGGAUAAAACAGAAAAUAAUUUUUAUGUUGAACACAAUUUAACUUCCUAACUUGAAGGGGAAAACAACACUGUACUUUCAGAUUUAAUUUUGGCUUGUGGGGUUCACAAGAGAAUUAAUAAUUCCGAGAUAGAUAUUUAAUUAUAUAUUUGCUCAAAGACAUCGUCACAUCCGUCCUGAUUUUACUCCAUUUCCUUCCCUUUGCUAUCAAUGGGGGAUAUUAUGCAAUAUCCCAAGAAUGAAAUCGGGUAUGCGGCCUGUGGUCGUGCAUUUUGUAUAAUUUCCUAUCCGUGUCUACCAAUAUCCGGUCGGUAAUGGCCGCAGGACAAGUGCAAGUGAAGUGGGUCGCACAGGGUGAGUAUUAAAGCGAAAGUAUCGCGGAAACGUGCUGUUAAUUGUAACCACGUGAUCUCGUCACUCUCUAAACCGGCAUCAAGGGUUAAAUUCGCAAAAUUUUUGAUGCUGCAUUUUUUGGUUAUUAUUGAUAGAAACUGUCUGUUCAAACAACACCUGUUACAAUUUAAACUCACCCUGUAGUUCCUGCUUUUCGAAGUACUGUAUGGCGAUAUUCGCCAACUAUUGCUCAAAUACAAUGCACUAUUUUCUAUCCUAGCCUCUGAUAUAUUCGUAAAAUAUUUCUUAACUAUUACAACAGAGAUAGCCAUAAACUUUAAAUUAAUGUUACGGGAUUAAUUAGCAGUUCAGGAUUGUAUCAAGCAAUUUAUGAAUUAUCGGAAAGGGCUUAAAAGUGCGCACAAAAUUUGUACUUGUAUCCUUAAAACGAAGGAAAUGUGUGAUAUAUGAAAGAGAUACCAAUUAUAAUGUUGAAUUGUUGUGAGCGAUACUAAUUACUCAUUUGAAAAUAUUCCAGUACUAUGUUUGAUUGCUGAUACUUCCUUGCGUGCAGGCAAAGUGCUUGUGUGACUCAAUUCAACGGAAUUUUCAAGUUACUUUCACGUGAGAAUGGAACAAAUAUAAAGGCUGUCCUGUACCUUUAAAAGUUCGUGUAAAUUAUUUAUACCAAAAAAUACUGUCAGUACUUGAUACAUUUCAUGUUAGAGAUAACGUAAGUUAUGUUUCUUGCGGAGAGCAGUGCAGGCCUAAACUUUGAUGUGCGAGUGUGGACCUCUGGGUCGAGUUUUAUUCACGCUGGGAGAAGUUAGUUAAAUGCAAUAAUUUUAGAAACUAUUUGGGUGUUUAGGUUCUAUCUCAAAUAGCAAGGGUUCAAUGUACAAAUCAUGACAGCAACAGCUCACUGAAUAAUGGACUUGACAUUUCCGUUGGAUCAGUAUUGUAAACCACAUGUAUUUAAUAUGAUAACACAUGUCUGUGACCUUUCAGGAGAUUUCAAUUGUGUGAAAUGUGACUUCUAUGAUUGUCAGGUUCUGUGGUAUUUGUAUUUGGAGCGGUUUCCUCGUAUAAGAGUUAAUUUGCGAAUAAAGUGUGCACGCAUAACGAUA